GACAACGCAAGACAACCAGAAACAAGCACCCGGAGACCGUGCUUUUCAAGCUGUCAUCUCGCCCUACAGGGACUCAAGGAGUUAGAAAUGGAAAGUCCUCGCGUUGGUGUGGUGAGAGAGUCCAUGCUGCAUCGUCCUUUAUUAAUUAAGCCAGCUCUUGGAAAGACCAAGUCAAGAGGUUUGUCCUAUCCGGGGCCUGACUUUGUUUUUGGGACAGCAACCACAGUUCAGGAUGGAGGAGUGCCAGAGGCUAUCUCCAGCUGGCACACUCACACUGUGUCUACCAGAAACAGGGAGGCUGAGAGGGAUUUUAUGGCCCUUAACCGAGAAGGGGUCAAGUCAGGCUUGGUUACUGCUAAAGAGCUGCACCAGUACCGCGCCACCCACGACAUUCGGCGCCAGCCGUUGACCAGAGAGGGGUUUCGCAGGUCUGCCCCAGCUCGCAUACCAGCAGAUACUUCGUUUGGAAUUACUAACAGACCAUCCACCCCAAUCUCAGAGCUGAUGGAGUAUAAGUAUGCUCAAAAAUGGCUGGAAGAGCAGCAGGCCAAGGACAAAAUCCUGCAGGCCCAUCGGCAUAAGAAGGCUCAGCUUGGACGUAUACAGGAUACACGAACAACCAUGCUCCGCAAGAGUCGCCCCUUGCCUGAGGCCCCAUCCAUGUGGAAAAUGCCUCGUUUCCAGCAGGUGGGACCAGCACUGGACACCUUUCGAGAUCCUGAAGCCCGGAAGAAAGCCAUGAGCGCCCACCACUCAGAGUCUGCAAGCAGGAGAGGGAUUCUGGGUCAAGGCACUUACAUGGUGGAUUAACAGAGCUAAAAUUAUUACAUCUCGGCACCUCUGUGAAUCAGGCUUCAUCUUCAAGUAUUAAUCUCUCAAUAAACAAAUGUGAUGUAAUUUGUUCUUCUGU